ACGUGCAUUAUUUUUCCGUGGUGCGCAGCCGAUAAGUUAGGGAACACGCACACUGCCCUACAUAAAGAAGACCAUUGUGCCAGUUUCUCCACCGGAUGACCAUCCAGUUUGUACACCGCCAUAAUUCGGCUAUUUUCUGGACCUUCACGAAAUAGUUCAACGAAUUCAUUGCGGUAUCAAAAUGCAUCGGAGUAGUGCGGUACUUUUGGCCGUCAUGGCCGGCGUAGGCUUGUACUUCCACCAUGCCACGGCUGCUCCGGUUGCGGGACUGGAUUCCGGCUCCGGCGAAUACGAUAUUGUCGCUGCUCCGGAGAUGUUCGAGGGUGAUAUUGCCGGAUUUCCCAUCGAGAAGCGAGUCACAAGUGGCUCCCAGAAGGGAUAUUCCAUCCGCGACUAUCCUCGAAACGCGGUAUUGGACAUGUUAGGCCGAUGGGCCAAUGGCGUGGUCCCUUACGUUAUCUCCGAGCGCUUCACCGAGUCAGAGGUCGCGCAAAUUGAGCGCGCCAUCGAGGAAAUCAACAACAUAACUGCUGGACUGUUCCUGGUUCACAAGGAGGAUCAACAUGAGAACUCCGUAUUUGUAGCUCGCGGUGGACCCAACACAGGAUGCUGGAGCUACGUCGGUGUUAUCGGCGGUCAGCAGACGCUCAAUCUGGAAGUGGCGGUCAAUCAAGGCGAUCCCCACUGCAUGCACCACGGUAUCAUCGAACAUGAGUUCCUCCACGCUAUCGGUUUAUGGCACGAACAAUCUCGCACCGAUCGUAACGAUCAUGUGGAAAUCAACUGGGACAAUAUCCACAAAAAUCAACAACACAACUUUGCGUUUUACACCGACGACGAGAUAACACAUUUUGAUCAGCCAUACGACUAUGAUUCGCUGAUGCAUUACGGCAAGUACGACUUUGCCAUUGACCGCAGCGAAUGGACCAUCCGACCUAAGGAGCCCCAUCACGACACACCCAUCGGGCAGCGACGCGGACUUAGUCCAGUGGACAUUGCCAAACUCGAUCUCAUGUAUCCUGCGCCGACUGCACCCGAUGCGCAACAAAAUUAAAACUGACUAAUCUCACAUACGAGCUGGCUGGAGUUUUGGGUCUUUCUUACGUAAACCGAACUCAACGUUCAUGUACAGACAAAAAAACUAAGGUCGACAGUGACAUCGGCAUUCUAGCGAAUCCAAUAAAAUGAUCGUCGCAGAACCAUGUUGUC